AUGUCUGUUCAAGACAUUCACCCAAAUAAAUACAGUGAAUUGCGAAGUAUAUAUAAAUACUAUAUUGAUUCUUAUAAUGCAUUGUAUCAGCUGAAAACUGAAAAAGAAGAAAAUUUAAACCAGAUUUUCAAAAUGAUCAAAGAAAAUUUGAUUGACACAAUGAAAAUCCGUCCUCAGAGUAUUGUAAGAGACACUUUAAAUACAAUUCCAUAUAAUAAUCGCUACACAAGGCCAUAUUUAACUAUUGCCAAACUCAUUUUUGAUGAUUAUCAUGUCAAAGAGGUCAAUAAUGUUGCAAACAUUUCAAAAUAUCUAUUCUAUAAAGAGUAUGGGAUUAAAUUAGACAGAAUUUGUAAUUUCAGAGAAUAUGAAUUCAAAAACAUCGAUAUUCAUAGAGAAAAUACAAUUUACAAAGUAAUUAUGUAUAAUGACUUAGAAAGAUUCAUUGCAUUCACGGAGACUGAUGGAUUUGAUAAAGAUCAGGUGCUUAACAACGAUCUAUAUCCAAAUUGUAUGUCCGGAUAUUCAUUACUUGAAUUAUGUUGUUACCAUGGAGCAGUUGAUUGUUUCAAGUUAUUGAGAACGAAAUUUCAUUCAGAAAUAACUCAAGAAUGUCUAGAAUUAUCAUUUUUAGGAGGAAAUCCAGAGAUUAUGAGUGAAUGUUUGAAAUAUCAAAAACCAAAUAAAGAAUGCAUGAGAUAUGCAAUUAUUUCACAUAACAUUGAUUUUGUUACAUUCUUGAUGAAUGAGUACGAUUUAGUGAUCAAGUUACAUUGUUGCGGAAUAUACAAUAAUCUUGAAUCGUUUUUAGUUUAUUACGAUCAAUCUAAUGAUAUUAGCAAAUGUUUUGUUUACUCGGCGAUGUUUGAUAUUCCAUCCUUGUGCAAAUAUUUCCUUUCACUUUGUUCAAAUAUCAAUACAAAAAAGAAAGAUGGGAAAACCGCUAUUCAUUGUACAGCAUAUAAAAGUUGUAUAGAAACGGCCGAAUUCCUUAUUUCGCAUGGUGCAAAUAUCAAUGAAAAAGAUAAUGAUGGACAAACCGCUUUUCAUACUGCAGUAUAUCAUAAUAGUAAAGAAAUAGCCGAACUUCUUAUUUCACAUGGUAUAAAUAUCAAUGAAAAAGAUAAAUAUGGAAAAACCGCUCUUCAUAUUGCAGCAAUUGGCGAUAGAAAAGAAAUAGCUGAAUUCCUUAUUUCACAUGGUGCAAAUAUCAAUGAAAAAGAUGAAGAUGGAAACACCCCUCUUAUUUUUUCAGCAAUAUGUAAUUGUAAAGAAAUAGUCGAACUCCUUAUUUCAGAAGGUGCAAAUAUCAAUGAAAAAAAUAAUGAUGGACAAACUGCUCUUUAUAAUGCAAGAAUUUAUAAUCUCUAUUUUAUUGGCAAAGAAACAGUAGGAUUUCUUAUUUCGCAUGGUGCAGAGUAA